AUGAAGACUGAUUCCCACAUUUCACGCAAAGAUGUGAAUAUAGACCUAAAUGAAGUGUUAGAUGAUAUGGCAGAGCUUCGUUUGCGUGGAGAGACAUCAAACCAAGCCGUGCAUGAUAACGCACUGGAGAAUCAGUUUAAUGAUGACAAUGUAACUAAAAAUUUCAAUAUAGACCUAAAUGAAUGUGUGGAGGAGACCAUUGAGUUGUCUUCAAGUGAUGUGGUGGAAAAGGGCGAGGAGCUUCGUACAUAUGAUGUUGUGGAGGAGGCUGAGGUGGACGAGGAGGCCAUUGAGUUGUCUUCAAAUGAUGUGGUGGAACAGGGCGAGGAGGCUCAGGAGGAUGAGGUGGCUCAGGAGGAUGAGGAGGCUCAGGAGGAUGAGGAGCCAUCCGUAAACCAUGUUGAUAAAAUCCCAACUGUGGGGAUGUCCUUUACUUCGGGCAAUGAAUUUGCUGAUUACUGCCAUAAGUAUGCGUAUAAUAAAGGUUUUGAGUUCUCUGUGAGAUCAAGUUCAUUAAUACAUGAGUACCGUGAAGAAGGAGUUAACAAAAAGGGGGUAGGGGAUAAAGAGCCCAUGUAUCAUAUGAUGAGAAGGAUUCGAUUUAUUUGUAACAAAGGAGCCCCGAAAAGGGGGGAAAGAACUAAAGUUACGGGGUGUAAGGUGUUUGUAGAUGCGCGGCUAGAGAAUGACAUGAUGGUAAUCAAGCAUUGUGAUUUGUCUCACAAUCAUGAUCUUUAUCCGGAUCACACCCGGCUAAUGGCGAACUAUCGAUGUAUUGAUGAACAAUCUUUUCAAAAGAUGGUUCUGAAUGAUGCAGCUGGGAUAUCUUUGAAUAAGAGCUUUAACUCGCUUGUGAUUGGGAGUGGAGGACAUGCAAAUGUAUCAUACAAUCACCGCGACCUGAGAAAUGCAGUGAACUUGGAACGUAGGCGUACCAUUUUUGGAGGUGAUGCAGCUGCUGUUGAAGCACACUUUAAGAAAAUGCAUGAAUUCAAUAAAGACUUCUACAGUGCAAUCCAAACGGAUAAAGAAGGGAAGCUCUUGAACGUUUUCUGGGCUGAUGCAAGGUGCAGGGCACAAUACAAAGAUUUUGGAGAUAUUAUCACAUUUGAUACAACUUUCCUAUGCAACAGGUACAAAAUGCCUUUUGCUCCUUUUAUUGGUUGCAAUCAUCACGGCUCAUCAAUCGUCCUUGGUGCUGCCCUAAUAACCUACGAGGAUGCAUAA